GAGAAGUGUCAGUGAGAGCGCAGAAUGGAGUCGGAGGAGCAACUGCAGGAGACACGGGGAGGAUCGGGCAGGAGCAGUGAGAGGAGUGAGGAGCCACAUAAAUACCACAAGUACUCGAUGUUGGACUAUAGGGAAGUCCCCAAACUGCUCAGACUGGAGAGUGAAGUGACAGAUACAAGUUGCAAAAAGGAGAUCAUAUACCUGAGAAUUGACAGGGACACUGACAUGCGCAGUGAGAUUAACAGGUGCCAGAGCUUUAGCAAAUGUAAUAACCUCUACCCUGCACCUAUAGCCUCCAUGUGGUCUUUAUUGUCCCAGGCAGGAUUCUACUAUGUGGGGCCUGGGGACCGGGUGCGGUGUUUCUCCUGUGGGGGAGAGUUGGAGAAUUGGGAGUUCAGGAAUGAUCCCCUCACCCGACACCAACUCUCCUUCCCUGACUGUCCCUAUGUGCUGGAGCUGAGAGCGAGAGCUGAGAUGUCUACCAUCUUUGGUCAAAGUCAGACUGUAUCAGCCAGUGAGAGACUCAGUCCAACUGUUCCCAGCAGCUCUAAUUGUCCCACUGUACAUGGACAGAUAAAGGACCCGGAUUACAGUAAAGUGGAGUCUAUUACAGAAGGGGAGAGUGAGACACCAGCGCCCCCCAGUGGCUCCAGUAUCUCAGGGCAGAAACCCCUUCGGACAAUGAGAGAUAAACACAACAGGUUAGAGACUUACCGGAGGCACCGUCACCAUUUCCCACAUAACAACCAGCGAAGCUUGUCCCAGGCAGGAUUCUACUAUGUGGGGCCUGGGGACCGGGUGCGGUGUUUCUCCUGUGCGGGAGAGUUGGAGAAUUGGCAGCCUGGGGAUGUGCCCCUCACCCGACACCAACUCUCCUUCCCUGACUGUCCCUAUGUGCUGGAGCUGGAAGCCAAGAGGCCAAUGAAUCUCUCUACUGAAUUAAAUGAAUAUCUGAGUUACAUGACACCGUUCCAUAUGACGUACACAGGAGAGAGACUCAGCUCUGUGACCCAUUGUGACAAGUCUGACCACACAGAUCAAGAAGAGGGACUUUCUGGCCCAAUAAAAGAGGGGGCUUCUGGCCAAGUGGAAGAAGAAAUUUCUGGCCAAGUGGAAGACGGGGCUAUUGGCCAAGUUGGAAAAGGACUUUCUGGCAAAAUGGAAGUGGGGGCUUCUGGCCAAGUGGAAGAAGGAAUUUCUGACCAAGUGGUAGGGGGGGCUUCUGGUCAAGUGGAAGUAGAACCCAGAGUUCAGAAAGAAGAGACAUGUGACUGGCCCACUGGGAGUGCAGAGGAGUGUGAGCUCUGUGGAAAGAUUCCUGAAGUUCCACGAAUCAGUCCCCAGAGAAGUGGCACCAAAUACAGGUUAGUUGUGCCGGGGGAAGGUCUCUUCCGCUGCUCAGAGACAGGAUUACAGUUCCGUGUGGAAUCACCGGCCAAUAUUGACAUUGAAAUUGGUUCCUGGGUGGAAUUCCUGGAGCACCUGCAACAAUACACAUAUGAUAUCGUGGGGCCCCUUUUCAACAUCACAGUCAAAUCUGGGCGAGUAUCAGCAGUGUAUCUGCCCCACUACGUGUGUCUGAAAGGAGGAGACGUGGAUACAGCAAUGUUUAGAGUGGCUCAUUAUAAAGAUGACAAUAUGAUCCUGGAAUCACCAACCAAAGUUGAGCCUUUUUAUGUUGUUCUGGAAAAUCCCACCUUCUCCCCAGUGUGGGUCAUUAUGUUACAACCAUCACCUAAUGGAAAUCAGAGGAACACCCCGACUCACGGCGUUGUCCUGUUAUACAGCAGAUACAAAACAGGUUACACCAUUCAUCUCUACUUGAUGCCACAUGAUCUCUCAUUAAAGCAGGCUGUGCACAAUAAGGAGACAGAAAAUGGCUUUUACCGGGUGGACAAACCUCCUCGGACCAGCACUAUAUAUGCUGAGAAAAUAUACAUUGUGGGGGGACCGGAGGAUGCAGACAUUAUACCAGAGGAGCUUGAGCUGUAUUUGGAUUUCAACUCAGAGCUGUAUCCUUACAGUGAGAUAUACCUUAAGGAAAUACAGGAUAACAUUUACCUAAAAUUGACAUGUCAAGGAGAAAAUACAUCGACAUGGCGAACUCAGCUCAGGACAGAAGACUUGGAAAUAAAAACAAAGGUGACAGAAGAUGGGCGGCACUUUAUUGAUCAGCACCGAGCAGCUCUGAUUGCCAACAUGUCCCACAUUGAUCCAGUCCUGGAUGAUCUCCUGGAUAAUGAGAUCCUGACCCAGGAACAGUACGACACAGUGAGAAGCAAGAGCACCUCCCAGGAGAAGAUGAGACAACUCUAUGACUGUAUAAAGACUUGGGGGAACGCUGAUAAGAAUGUAUUCUACUUUACAUUGUCUGUACACAACAAAUCACUCAUCAAGGAACUUUUACACAGCUGAGAGUUCAGACCUACAGAUCUAACAAAAGAUUAGCCCUUGGAUUUGAUCAUCACAUCCUUUCACUUCUUCUAGUAUCAUUGUGUAACAUUGAUAUUUAGGCUAAAAUAAUGUGAAGCCACACUGUAUCCUUGAUCCCUUCCUCCAUGUAACAUUUAUCUCAACACCUUCAGUCUGCAUCCAGUCUCCCAAGGCAGAGGUCACACUGAAUUCCUGGCCAGGACAUACUGUUUCUUUCUCAGGACCACAACAGAAAUAUACCCCUUUCUUCUGCCAAAAUUCAGGUCCUUAUCCUCUCCAGUACUGUGUAUUUGACUGAGCCAAUAAAUGCAUUUACUCUUCA